UAUUACAAUGUUACUUGGAAAGAUAAGAAGGGGGGAGGGAAAGAACCAACACUCCCCGUGAGCACGUGGCCUUCAAGGAUCUCGCGAGACUGGCUUCCCGGCGUCGUCUCCUCCCCCCAGCACUAGGUGGCGGUUGGAAUCGCAUAACGGUCGCCCGGCCUCGAGGCGUUCCCGCCUUUUUGAAGUGGCGGUUGAGGUGGCAGCGGCCUUUUGUCCUUUUCUCUCCCCACAUCGCCCACGGGAGGCAACCCGACUCGCCAGUGGGUAUCAAAUUCAUCCUUAACUCUCCAAACCUUUCCCACGUUCCUGCCACCCUCCCCCACUGUUCCCCUCCUCUUUGUCCCGUCCGCUUACCUUUCCUUUUCCCCUCCCCCUUUUCUUUCCCCUCCCUCUUUCCCUCCUCCUUCCCCUCCCCCUUCCUCCUUCAUGCUUGCGAGUUCUUUUACCUCAAAGGAAGAGUAGGGAGUCGGAUGCAGAGAAUUUAAUAGGAAUAUAGAUUAAAAGGGAACGUAUUUUAGGCCUAAACUGCACACUCCAAUCCUUUCUCUUUUUACAAAUGAAGAAACUGAGGUCCAUGGCCAUAAGUGAUAUGGCUUGGAUUUGUACUACGGGAUGGGAUUUAAAUCCGGGUCCUCCAAUUUCCUUCCCUAGGCCAUCUGAAGUGAUAAUUUAGGCCUCCCAUUUUGGGCAAGUUCUGGCUCUAGUUCCUUUCCACCCAGGGCUUCAAAACAAACAAACAAACAAACAAAAAAAAAACCAAAAAAAACAUUUAUUAAGCCCCUACUGUGUUGCAGACAUGGUGCCAAGGAGUCCAGGGCUGAUUUAGGUGCUUCGGGAAGAAAACUUUGAUACUUGAGAAAUGUGACCACAGCUUUUUGGGUUUGUGAUUUAACUCUUAUGUAAUGAUUAAAACUAGAAAAGCUACUUUAAAAAAUGUGUCAAGGGAGCUGAUUUUUGGUAGAAUGCCUAUUUAAUAUUCUACAACUAUUUUCCCUUACACUUGAUUCCACUCAAAGCCAAGUCAAAGGCUUUACUUAUAUACUUAUGAUGAAUUUAUUUGAAAGUGAAAUAAAUUUGUUACUUUGUGGUUUCACAUUAUAUCUUUGAAAUUUGCAGGGGAUCAGGAAGGCGUAUGAUUGAAUUUGUCAGAAUUUCAUGCCAUAUAAUCACAUUUUCACUUAAAAAACUACAAACAUCAGUAAAUUUAAAAAAUAAAUUUGGAUGGUUAAAAAACUAAAUAUAUCAGAAAAUUAGCUAUUUCAAGGACUGGGAUCUUGUGAUUUUUGUUAUAUUUUUAUUUGUCAGAUAGUUGACAAUUUAGUGUUUUGUAAAUAGUCUACUCUUUUUACUUUACCAAGCAAAUACUGGAACAUUAAUAUUGUAAUCCAGGUAAUUCAUUCCACAAGCAUUUGUUACUUUUUUUUUUUUUUAAACCAAGAGUAAUUUGUGUCCACAUUGAUAAUAAGAUUGUCAGAAACAUUUGUUAUUUUGUUAGGAGGAGUAAUUUGUGUAUUGUCAGAAACAAUGUACAAUAUUUUCAUCGUGACUGAUGUUUUUUGAUUAAAAGGAAAUGGAAAAGGAAAAGCCUUUUAAAUUGUUUGUACCACCAAGACUAAGCAGCAGUCAAGUAUCAGCGGUUAAACCUCAGACCAUAGGAGGAGACACUAAUUUUUUCAAGGGUUUUAACAAAAGUGGUGAAGAUGAAUUUGGUUUGCCUUUUGGAAUAACUAAACCAUCUAAACGUAGUGAACACAUUGAUUCAGAUCCAGUUUUGCAAAAAGUUAAUUUUUUGCCCAUGAUUGGAGAGGUUGGUACUGAGCAGUCUGACUUCUUGGAAGAACUAAAGAACCCUCAGUUUGAGACUUCAGAGCCAAUAAGCAGAGUUUAUUCAAAAUUAUAUAAGGAGGCUGAAAAAAUUAAGAAAUGGAAAGUGAAUAUAGAAUUUGAACUCAACCAGAAGGAGAAAAAGUUACAGGAAAAUAGAAAGAUUAUUGAAGCACAGCGAAAAGCCAUUCAGGAGUUGCAGUUUGAAAAUGAGAAAGUAAGUUUGAAGUUAGAAGAUGGAAUCCAGGAAAAUAAAGAAUUACUAAAAGAGAACAACGCCACAAGACAUAUGUGCAACCUACUCAAAGAAACUUGUGCUUGGUCAGCAGAAAAGUCAAAGAAAUAUGAGUAUGAAAGGGAAGAAACUAGACAACUAUAUUCAGAUCUAAAUAAUAAUUUGGAGAAAAUGGUACAAGCUUUUGAAGAACUUCGAGUAGGAGCUCAAAGUUGCAGACAGGAAAUGCAUUUUAAGUUGAAGGAAGCAUGUGAAAACAUUCAACAACUUGAAAAAGAGCAAACAAAAGAAAUACAUGAUAAGGAAAAGAAGAUAUCAUUAUUAUUGAUGCAGAAUGAUGAGAAAGAAAUGAAAAUUAAAGAUUUGAAAUUGCUGCUUCAAGAAUACAGUGACAAACUUAAUCAAUUUCAAGAAAAAAUGAAAUGGCAAAAUGAAAAUUUAAAAGAAUCAAAAGACCAACAGGAUCACUUGAUGUCAGAAUUAGAAGAAGUUAAACUGUCUUUGCAAAAAAGUGAGAGUGCUCAAAAGAUAUUAGAAGAAGAAUUACAGACUGCAAGCAAAACAGUAAUGCAGCUUACCAGACUAAAAGAAACUCAGAUGGAAGAAAUUAAUGAAGCUAAAGUUAUACAUUCAUCAGUUGUUGCUAAAUUUGAAACUACUAUUUCCAGUUUGAAAGAACUGUUGACAACAGAACAGCACAGAUUAAAGCAAAAUGAAGAACAGUUGAAAAUUCUUACCUUGGAGCUACAGAAGAAAUCAGAUGAACUGGAAGACAUGAAACUAUGUAAAAAGGACAAAGAAAUGCAACUUGAAGAAUUAAAAGGCAUCUUGGAGGAAAAUCAAAGACUUUUAAAUGAAAAGAAACAUUUAGAGAUGAUUAUUGAAAAACUGCAGGCAACAGAAAUAGAACUAAAUGGGAUUCUUCAAAUCAGACAGAAAGAAGUACAUGACUUGGAAAUAAAAUUAAAUGAAACUGCUACAAAUGAACAAAAUUACUUACAACAGGUUGAAGAACUUAAAACUGAACUUGAACAAGAGAGGCUAAAAAGUAUUGAAUUAACUGAGAAUUUAAAAAAGCUUUCAGUAGAAAACAAACAAAUGGCACAAGAAAAAAUGACUACAGCCCUAGAGUCUAAGAAACUGCAAGAAGAUAUUAAUGAUAGCAAAAAGCAAGAAGAAAAGAUGAUGAAGCAAAUUGAAAAUCUAGAAGAAACAAAAAACUUAUUGAGGAAUGAAUUGGAUGCUGUAAAAGUAGAGUUAAAAGAAAAAAAUGAAGAAGUUGAAAGCAAAUUGAACAAGAGUGAAGAAAAUGCCAGAAGCAUUGAAAGUGAAAUUUUGAAAAGAGAUAAGCUUGUAAAGAUAUUAGAAAACAAGUUUAACAAUUUAAAAAAACAAAUGGAAAAUAAAAUCAAAUCCUUUGAAGAACUACAGCAAGAGAAUAAAGCCUUAAAAAAAAAAAGUGUGGCAGAGAACAAACAGUUGAGCAUCUAUGAGAUAAAGGUGAAUAAAUUAGAAUCAGAGCUAAAUGACUCUAACAAAAAAUUUGAAGAAAUGACUGAUAACUACCAAAAAGAAAUUGCUAACAAAAAGAUAUCAGAAGACAAUCUUUUGGAAGAGGUUGAAAAAACAAAGGCAAUAGCAGAUGAAGCUGUAAAACAACAAAAAGAAAUUGAUCUAAGAUGUCAGCAUAAAAUUGCUGAAAUGGUAGCACUUAUGGAAAAACAUAAAGAUCAAUAUGAUAAAAUAGUUGAAGAAAGAGAUGCGGAAUUGGGAUUAUAUAAAAGCAAAGAGCAAGAGCAGUCAUUGAAGAAAAUAUCUUUGGAAAUUGAGAUAUCUAAUCUCAAGAGCAAACUUUCAUCUGUUGAGACUCAACUUAAAGUAGAAACUGAGGAAAAGGAAAAACUUUUAAGAGAGGCAAAAGAAGAUAUGGCCAUGCUCAAAGAGAAGAAGGAUAAGAAAAUACAAACGUCUGUCUUGGCAACUCCUGAAACCAGCAAGUGGAAAUGUGAUUCUAAUAUAGAUACUUCAGAAAAUGCAUCAUUAAAUUUCACAUCAGUUGAUCGCAUCCAAUCAAAAAACAAAGAAUUUCUUUGGACACCUGUCAAAAAAUCCUUAUCUACACCAUCAAUAAAGGCAUACACUGUAAAGACACCAACAAAAAUGAAAAUACUGCAGAGUGAAAAGAAGGAUCCGUACAAGGAAGGAACAAAUAGAAAAAGAAAAAUGCUAUUUGAUUUUGAUACAAAUUCAGAUAGUUCAGAUCAAAAUGACCUUUUGAGCAUGGUUUCAGAUGAAGACAAAUUUCAAAAACUAUACAAGAGUUAUCCUCAAGCUUCUCAUCAAAGUGUCACAACACCAAAGAAGAAUCAGAGACCUUUAUCUUUAACAACUCCAGGAUCAGCACUGAAAUUUGCAGCUAUGAGAAAAAUGAGAGAAGACGGUUGGGCUGCAGUUUCUAAAGUGGACAGGAAAAAAAAAAUAAAGGAAGCAGAAAAGCUAUUUACUUAAAAUUUAGUUAAAAGGUAGAACUAGCUGGUUUAAUAACAUAAAAUUUGUUACAGUAGAUUUUGUUUUUUCUUUGGUAGUUCAUGAUUUUUUAUUUAGGAUGUCCUAAGUUUUGUAGAAAUAGACAAAGCUUUAAAUUGCUUUUGCAUUUGUGUAAAAGACUUAUUUAAUUUUCCUCUGCCAUAUUUUAGGUUUAAAUAUAAAUAAUUGUAUAUUACUUGAAAAGUUAUAACUGUAUUCAAUUCAUUAAAUACAGUUUUGCUAUUGCUAUUAUUUUGAUUCAGGUUGUUGUUGCCCAAUUUUUUUUUUUUAGAAGACUAUUGACUGAAAUUUUCUGUUGAUUUUUGUUUCAAACAGUAUUUAUUUUUAAUUCUACUGUGAGAACGUUUUAACAUAAAUAGUUCUUAUAGGCCCAGUGUAGUCAGUCAAGGCACAUUACUACAAAGUUAGUU